AGUGUUGGGCGAUCUACAAAAUUCUGGUCUGUUCUUGCAAAUCUAAUCAGCUGUUAGUCAUUCGUAACAGCGGCCCUGCUAUCGUUUUCGGUGUGGUGAAUGUUAAUUUGUAAUAGCUUCUAAUGGAUAGUGAGCCACCAUUGGGCGGACGCUUGGUCGAUUUGGUGGACAACGAGUGGAUUGCCGACGAGCUGCCUUACGACCACAUCCAAGUGCCUUGCGAUAAGCUACCCGAUCCCGAGGCGGACAACGGUGACUCCCAUCUGACGCUGAAAGAGCAAGAGCAGAAAUGGACUGAUCUGGCGCUGACAUCACUGGCACCGGAUUUGUCCGUUUCUGAGCAGGUUAAUUUCCCUGGUGUUUAGCGUGUAGCGUCUCUCGAUUGUGCUGCACCGAACUCGGCACCCUUGUGUGCUAACUACAUGAUACGGAUUCUACGCGAGUUAUUACUGAAAUCGACUAAUCAAAACCACAUUAACAAUGAAUAGACAUCUACAUUCCCCUACGAUAUUAACGGAAUUCGCUCGCACGUUUGAGGAAGAGCAGGAAACCAUAUUUACGAAACUAGUGAAUAGGCUAACUAACAAUAACCGACCCAGCAAUGAGUCAACACUUCAAGGGACGGUACUGCACGAGGAACCGUCCGGCGCGGAUAGUGAGGCAUCGGGAAGAGAUACCCGGACAGCGCAAAUGGACACACCGCCAGCUAGUUCGUCGGCCAUUCGAAAAUCAUCGACGAGUAGUUCGUAUACCGAUGCGGAGUCCACAUC